AUGAGAUGGACACGAUUAUGUGGCGAAUACGUGUCACUCUCCCUCCCUCCACACCUCCACCUCAUCUUCCCCCUUAUUUCAGAUCUGAAAAAUGAAUCGGAUAUAAAGGAGUUUACUGGCUUUGAGUUCCGACUUGAAGAUCCGGCGUUGAUGAUUCUAGCCGACGAACUGUUCUCUGACGGUAAGCUUGUUCCGCUUCAAUUUCCGGUUAAACAGCCGGAAGUAGCCACGUCAACACCUUAUUCUCGCCGGAUAAUUGACGUUGAUGAUCUGUACUAUUCACCUAGGGCACCGAGGUGUUCGAGCCGGUGGAAAGAGCUUCUCGGAUUCGGAAAGCUUCAUCAAAGCAAUAGCAACACUAUUAAACCAACUGCUAACAAAAGAACGACGUCGUUAGCAUCUUCUCAAUCUCAAAACUGCAGACCCACGCGCCGUCGUUUGAUGGAAGCUACAAUCUGCACAAACUGCUGCUUAUCUGUGGACAGUCCAAGUAGUCCUAGUAGCUUAAUUGGUGGCACUAGAUUUAAGCAUAGAGGAAUGGAGAGAUCAUAUUCUGGUAACGUAAGAAAAACGUCGGUGUUAAACGUUCCAUUGUGA